UAUAUAUACACACACGCAAUAUACGGGAAGGAUUUAGGGGGAAGCCAGCCAAGCCAAGCCAAGCCAGCGGAGGAGAGAGAGACAGGAGGUGGGAGGGAGAGGGAGGCUGGGAAGCGGUGGAGGUUGGUGGCACAACAGGAGGAGGAGGAGGAGGAGGAGCUUCUGGAGAGGAGGGUUAAGGGAGGCGUCUGUCCGCCAUGGGGGACUCCAGCGGCUCGGUGUCGAUCGACGUCGAGCGGAUCUUCUUCGGCGGCAAGGAACAUCGAGUGAGAACGAGACAUGGCCCUCUUUCGGUUUCUGUGUACGGAGACGAAGACAAGCCCGCGCUCGUGACUUAUCCGGAUGUGGCUUUAAAUCACAUGUCUUGCUUCCAAGGAUUGUUCUUCUGUCCAGAGGCUGCGUCGCUCUUGCUUCACAAUUUCUGCGUCUACCACAUCACGCCUCAAGGACACGAGUUAGGAGCGGCUCCGAUUUCAUCUGACGUGCCCGUGCCAUCUGUCGAUGACCUUGCAGAUCAGGUUGCCGAUGUCCUCGAUUUUUUCAGUUUAGGUGCUGUAAUGUGCUUGGGUGUCACUGCUGGUGCCUAUGUUCUUACCCUCUUUGCGACAAAGUAUCGAGAGAGGGUUCUUGGCCUCAUGUUGGUUUCACCUCUGUGCAAAGGCCCUUCAUGGAGCGAAUGGUUGUACAAUAAGGUAUUAUUAAACUUGCUUUAUUAUUAUGGGACACGUGGGUUAGUCAAGGAAAGCUUGCUUCAGCGUUAUUUCAGCAUGGAAGUUCGCGGCAAUGGGCAAGAUCCUGAAUCAGAGAUUGUCCAAGCCUGCAGAAGUUUACUUGAUGAGAGGCAGGGAUCUAAUGUCUGGCGGUUCCUUCAAGCAAUUAACAGGCGGCAUGACUUAACAGAAUCAUUGAUGAAGCUUCAGUGCCGGACGCUAAUUUUUGUUGGAGAAAACUCACAAUUCCAUGCCGACGCGGUCCACAUGACCACAAAACUAGACCGGAGAUACUGUGCUCUUGUUGAGGUUCAGGCUUGUGGUUCACUAGUGACUGAAGAGCAGCCCCAUGCGAUGCUCAUUCCGAUGGAAUACUUCCUGAUGGGAUACGGUCUUUACAGACCUCCGCAGCAGGAAACUAGCCCCAGGAGUACACUGAACCCGUUCUGCAUAUCGCCUGAGCUUCUAUCACCCGAGAGUAUGGGAGUGAAGCUGAAGCCCAUCAAGACGCGGAUAUCCCUUAAUGUUUAGCAUGGGCAGAUCUCGGAUAGCGGCCAUUGCCUGACACCCGCAGCUCAUGAAAGUGAAGACUGCUUGGGCUGAGUUGCGCAACCGCAAAGUUUUGAUGCCUUUCUGCGCCUGGUGGGCGAAGAAGAUUCUACAGGCUGAAGGCAGUUUUGUUGAUAGGGAGCAGAGGUUGUUGUGGUCUUGGGAAGGGGGGAAUGGCUGUUUGUUCAUAUAUUUGUAGUCAGUACACAUGUAUAUCUCCACACGACAUCCUUUCAUACAGAAAAUGAAAAUGGUAAAGCUGAAUUCCAGUACGACUCA